AUGGGUUGUUGCAAAUCAACACAAUAUGGUUGUUGUAUUGCUAUUGAUCAUGAUGAAUCAAUAAUACUUAAUAAACCAACAGGUAAAGAAAUUCGUUAUGGUCCUGGUUGGUUUUGUUUUCCAAAUUGGUGGGAUGCACAAGUUAUGAAAUCUAUACCAUUACAAAAUAAUCAAUAUAUUAUUGUUAAACAUAUUAUUGAUACAGAUGAUAAAAAUGCAUUUCAUGCACGUAAUGAUAUACCAUUAACACAACGAACAACUACAAAUGAAAAAGAUGAAUUAUUAAAUGAUUCUGAAAUGCAUUUAAUUGAAAUAAUUCGUGGACCACAAAUAUAUAAACUUAAAAAUCCUUAUGAUCGUUUAAGUGAAAUAAAAUCAAUGAUUAAUUUAUCGGCAACACAAUAUAUUUCUGUAGCAGAUAAAUUAACAGGUGUAAAACGAGUUGAAUGUGGUCCACAAUUAUUUUGUCCUAAACCAUAUGAUGAACUUGGAGAAAUCAAAAAUUUGUAUAAUCUAUCAUCAACAGAAUAUCUUAUCGUUACAGAUCAAUCAACUGGUGAAAGAGCUACAAUUAAUGGUCCAACAUUGUUUUUACCAAAAGCAUACGAUCAAAUUUCACCAAUAUUUAAUUAUAUAGUUCUUAAUCAUACACAAUAUUGUCGUAUAAUUGAUAGUCGUACAGGUGUUAUGCGUAUUGAAAAAGGUCCAAAAACUUUUGCACUUGGUCCAUAUGAAUCUUUAAUGAAAGUUCAUGAUCAAACCAUAUUUGAUAUAAUUAAUAUUGAUACAGAAAAUGCUGUACUUGUUAAAAAUCUUGAUACAGGUCUUGAUGAAUUAAUAACAACACCACAAAAAUUUAUUCCAUCAUUUACACAAAGAUUUAUUGAAAUAAGAAAAUUAAUUAAAUUAGCACCAUAUGAAAAUAUGAUUUUAAUUGAUAAGGAUGGUCAUCAUAUAUUAAAAAAUGGUUCAAAAGAUAAAUCAUUUUUUAUUUAUCCUUAUCAACAAAUUUAUACUCAAUCUUGGUCAAAUGAUCUUAAAAAAGAUCAUCGUUCAACUAUUCAAGUUGAUCGAUUUGAUACAAGAAAUCAAUAUAUGGAUUAUGAAUUUCUUGUUCGUACGGCGGAUAAUGUUGAAAUUAUUCUUGAUGUUUCUAUUUUUUGGCAAAUUACAGAUUUAUAUAAACUUGUUCUUGUUACACAAGAUCCACCAGAAGAUAUUUGUAAUCAUACUCGUUCUGAAAUAUUAAGUCAAGUAUCAAAAUAUAAUAUGAAAGAAUUUAUGGGAUUACCAAACAGUAAAUUAAUUGAUUCUGUUAAUUCUGAAAAAGAUGAUACAUUUUAUGAAUCACGUGGUGUUAAUGUAAUUCGUGUUGAAGUCUUAGAAAAACGUUGUAAAGAUCCUGAAAUUCAAAAAAUUUUUAAACAAAUUAUUGAUGAAAAAACAAAUCGUAUUAAAAAUAUUGAAAAACAAGAAGCAGAAAAUGAAAUAAAAUUAUGUGAUUUAAAUGGAAAAAUUGAAGCAGAAAAAUUAAAUGGAACAUUAUUAAAAAUUAAAAAAGAAAAUGAACGACAAGAAAAUCAAGCUGAUGGUAUUGCUGAAGGUAGUCGUAUUCAAAAUUUUAUUGGAAAUCUUGGUGAUGAUAUACCAUUAGAAAGAAAAUUACAAAUUUAUUUUGACAUACAAAAUACAAGACGUUUAGAUUUAUUAGCACAAUCAAAAACAACAUUAUAUGUAACACCAAAAGAAGUUGAUACUAAAGUUAUUAAUGUUAAUACAAUCUAUCCAUCUAAUACUAAUCCUAUUCAAACUAAUAUUCAAUCAAAAUUAAGUAUUGACGUUUAA